AUGACCAGCACAGAUGAAAGUCCUUUCACCGAAGAAAACGGAUAUAACCGGGACAGUAACUUGUUUUAUUUUAUUGUAUUAUACGUAUGUCUUAUGGCAACGUCGUCCGUGAAUUUCGUUCACAUUUCUUUGUUUUUAAUAUGUUUGUCCCAAUGCAAAGACAUCCGACAUUCUUUGGAUGAUGACCUCUUGUUACCCUACACCAAAUCCCAUGGCCCAUCUCAUUCUCACCGCCACGUGAGGGACUGUCAGCCCAUCGCUCAUGGCAAUGUAACCCACGAAACCUGGGCAGCAAGCAAAGACUCGACUUCUCCAGUGUUCAAGUCAAAUAUAUUCAUCUCCGACAUCACUGAUGACUCUGGCGUUCACAGACGGGUGAGCGGCCACAUCACAGAGGUGCACGACCCACUGAGAACUGUGUCUGUUCUGGAACCAGGAGGCCCUGGAGGGUGCAGGCGGAGGCACAGAGAGCUGGUGGAGCACACUGCCAAAACUAGAAAGUGCCUCAUCGCCCAGAAUGGAGGCUACUUUGACAUUGACAGCGGGCAGUGUUUUGGGAAUGUCAUGAGUGAUGGGAAACUGGUGGGGAACAGUAGAGGAAUUCAAAAUGCUCAGUUUGGCAUCCGAAAGGAUGGGACGCUCGUGUUUGGCUAUCUGUCUGAAGAUGACGUCCUGGAUCAGGUAAAUCCCUUCGUGCAGUUGAUCAGUGGGGUGGUGUGGCUGCUGAGAAACGGUGAGAUCUACAUCAAUGAGAGCAUGCAGGCAGAGUGUGACAAAACUCAGAUGACCGGAAAAUUCCAGGAAUUUGUGGACGUGAUAUCUGCCCGUACGGCGGUGGGUCACGAUGCAGAGGGGAAACUCGUCCUCUUUCAUGUCGACGGUCAGACGCGUGUAAGAGGAAUGAAUCUCUGGCAAGUGGCAAAGUUUCUGAAGGAACAAAAUAUCUUGAACGCUAUCAAUCUGGAUGGAGGCGGCUCGGCCACUUAUGUCCUCAACGGAUCCCUGGCCAAUUACCCUUCAGACCACUGCGACCUUCCAAAGUGGCGCUGUCCACGGGCCGUGUCCACUGUACUGUGUGUUCACGAGAGGCUGUGCCAGCCAGAGGACUGCAGUGGACAUUGGCGCUGCGUGGAGGGCCAGUGUGUGUGCCGGGAGGGCUGGAGCGGCCCAGGAUGUGCCAAUCUCACAUGCCAGGCUGAAUGUGGAGAGCAUGGGAUCUGCACUGAGAAUGGAUGUGUGUGUGAUUCUGGAUGGAUGGGUUUAAACUGUAGCCAAGUAUGUGCAGCAGGAUUCUAUGGCGAUGGCUGUAAGCAAACAUGCGCGUGCACAAACGGAGUCUCAUGUGAUCCUGUUCACGGAUGGUGCACCUGUCCUGCUGGUCUCCAUGGAGAUUUCUGCGAGCAAGAGUGCCCUCUUGGAUUCUAUGGGCUGAACUGCAAGCAGUCAUGCCAAUGCCACGACAUGUGCCAAUGCAACGCUGUCACAGGAAGCUGCAACACCACAUACCAAGAAGAGAGAAACAUCAGCCUGAACAGAGCCGGUCACUGCCUGGCUGCCCAGAUGUUGAGGGAAUGGAGACAAGAGGAGGAAGCUGAGUAUUUAUCUGAACAAAGCUGGCUGGUUAUCUGCGCUAUCCUGGCAACGUCGCUGCUGGCCAGCCUCGCCGGUAACCUUAUCCAGACGUGCAGAAAAUGCAAAGCGCGCGGGCAGAGGGCGGACUACUCCUACUUGCCGCUGGGAGAGAUCAACGGGUUGGUGGAGAGAAGCAGAGGACAGGGGACAAAUUCUGGGACCGCUCUUUUUCAGAAAGAAGACUCGGACUCCCAAGACUCCUCAUAAUGUGACCGUGUUUCAAAAUGUAUGCAUUUGUGCUGGUUCAUGCAAGCGUGCCAUCCAGCGAAGCGCUAGCUAGCCAGUGCAAGCCCUCAUUAGUCUGAGGACGAGGAAAGGGUUUGUUUGUUCCUGCUGUGAAUCGAUGAGCUUUUGGAAGGGCCUCUUCGUCUUUGGAUUGGGGCGUCCAAAUUGGCAAUGAUGGAUAUUGAGAUGGGCGUUAUCGUCCAAACAGCUGUCUGUGUGGCUAAGUGCGUUCAGUCUGUAGACACCAGCUCAACAGAUGCCAAAUGCCUUGAUAAUGCAGUUUGACUGCAUUUUGCACAUUUCUUGUUUGUUUGAGAACACUUUCAUAGUAGCUGUUAGCAACAGGUUUCUCAUGUUAAAUCAUUCACAGUUUAAAAUACUGUUUUGUUGACUUCAAUAAAGCUUUUCAUUGUGGUCCUUAGGAGAGAAGAGAACCAAGAAAAUGACCAAUAUCACCACACAGAGUUUUUAUUGACAGGAUGGCCCAGUUGUUCCACCUGUUGCCAUAGGAACGGACAAGUUUUGAACUAUGAACUCUUCUUGCAGAAUCCUUCCUGCAGGAACUUGCAACACUGCUGUUUUGAAACAUAGUUUUAUUGAAUUAUUUUUAUUUUUUUAUCUGCGGCACCAGAGGUCAUUCAGUUUAUUUUGAUUCCACCCCAUAGUCCCUUUGUUUCUGUAAACGCCUUGCCAACUGCUUCCAGCCUUAUCAUGGUGCUGUUUUGUGUGUUGGCUUAGGCACUUGAAACCAGCCAUAGAAACACAUUAUGUAAAAAAUAAAAUAAAAUAAUCAAGGCCUGGAUUGUUUUCACUCUCUAGGAAAGCAAGAGAAGGACAUUUCAUCUGUGCUUAGUACAAAGUUGCUCUUUUUUCUCUGUUCUCAAGCAGUGAAUCUGGGCUUUUGGAAGAGAUUUGAGUAGAAAUGUUUUGUCUGGUUCUGUUUUAGCUCUGAAGCAUGACGCAGAUAUUAUGGAAGAGGAACAUUUACUCAGGACUGUAGUUCCUGUGUUGUUUCCUGUUUAGCAUUAAAAUAGAAUUAAGCCUGUCUUGUUUUAAUAGUUUAAACAUUUCACAAGCAAACACAGAGACAUGUGGAAGAAUGAAUUGCAUUAACCCAUCAAAACAUUCCAGAUCAUAUUAAAUUACACAUCAACUGAAAUAAAUAAUAAUACCCCCCCCCCCCAAAAAAAAAUAUUAUAUAUCCUGUUUGUUAUUUUUUGUAAACAACCUCUCAUAGUAUUUUAAUGACAAUUAUGCACAUUUUCUCUGCCUACUUUUCAUCACUGUAAUGUAAAAUAAUCUAUUAUUUUUCUAACAUAAAAAAAUAAUUUUGUUAAAUCUGUUAGAUUGUAAAUUAUUUGUAAGAAAAACACCUAGAUACAAUAUAAUAAUAGGAAAUAUUGAUUACUUAAUUUUAUGAUGCACAAAAAUAUCUGAAUGGAUGACAUUUUUCAUGCAAAAUAUAAUUUAUUUUUGUUGCUGUUGUUGUUAUUUUUGAGGGGGAAUUUUGCUUGUACAUCUUUUCACCCAGAAAGUGAUGUCCUUAGUUACAGAGUUACAGAAAUAUAAUUUACAAAAGGUGUUUGUCUGCAGUGUGAUACAUUUGACUGUUUAUUAACUUCCACCUCGCUCACUGCCUGCUUUGCAUAUGUUCUUCACUGUGAACAACCUCUAUGCUGAUAGCCUAAAGCAGUCAGGGAAAAGGCUUGAAUGUAGUUUUUGAUUUCAAUCUAAUCAUGCAGGCAGAUGAGGGUACUUGUAAGUCCCCGGUUCGGUCAUGAUGCUAAUCAGAGCAUCUGAGGCUGCUGACACUCAUUUUUAGUGAGUGAAUUUGUAAUGUUGUGUGUACUUUUGUUAAAUGAUCAAAAUUGCUAUUAAAAGAACGUGCAUAAUAAAUAAUAGUAAAUUUU